UGGUGGGUUUUGUAUUGGAUUGUUGUUGAUUGACUGGUUGAGUCGUUUUAAAUAAUUUAAGGAAGUGGGCAAGCAUUUCAUUUUGGGUUUUUGGCUGAAAUCAAGUUAAGAAUUUCCAAUUUGGGACCCUCUUAGUAUUCAAUCAGCUUAUUAUUCUCAUCAGGGGUUUCAAGGCAGAGAAGAAGAGCUUGUACAGCGAAAAUGGUGACCAGAAUGGUUGAUCUCCGAUCUGACACGGUUACAAAACCAACAGAGGCAAUGCGUGCUACCAUGGCAACUGCUGAGGUUGAUGAUGAUGUAUUGGCUCAUGAUCCAACUGCAUUCCUCUUAGAAUCAGAGAUAGCAAAGAUCAUGGGAAAAGAAGCUGCUCUCUUUGUUCCAUCAGGAACUAUGGGUAACCUCAUUAGUGUGUUAGUACACUGUGAUACCAGAGCAAGUGAAGUUAUCCUUGGAGACAAUUCCCACAUCCAUAUCUACGAAAAUGGAGGAAUUGCCACCAUUGGAGGUGUUCAUCCAAGGACAGUUAAGAACAACGAAGAUGGAACCAUGGACAUUCAUUUGAUUAAAGCUGCUAUUAGGGAACCUACAGGGGAGCUUUUCUACCCAACUACAAGGCUUAUCUGCUUGGAAAAUACACAUGCCAACUCUGGUGGUAGAUGCCUUUCUGCAGAAUAUACAGACAGAGUUGGAGAAGUUGCCAAGAAACACGGCUUGAAGCUUCAUAUUGAUGGUGCCCGAAUUUUCAAUGCUUCAGUUGCACUCGGUGUUCCUGUUCAUAGGCUUGUCCAAGCUGCAGAUUCUGUUUUGGUAUGUCUGUCAAAAGGGCUUGGCGCUCCUGUUGGAUCUGUUAUUCUUGGUUCGAAAACUUUUAUUACUAAGGCAAGAAGGCUUAGGAAAAUAUUAGGUGGUGGAAUGAGACAGGUUGGCAUAAUUUGUGCUGCUGCAGUUGUUGCUCUCCGGGAAAAUCUUGGCAAACUUGAAGGUGAUCACAAGAAAGCUAAGAUGUUAGCGGAUGGAUUGAAUCGAAUUAAUGGUCUGAGAGUGGAUGCUGCUAAAGUGGAGACAAAUAUUAUAUUUUUCGACGUAAUGGAGGACUCGAGGAAGACUGCAGAGAGACUGUGCAAAUACCUC